AUGUCUCAAUUAUUAUUAUUCUUGUUAAUAUUAAUUACUCUUGCAACUCCGAUCCUCGUCUCAUCCUUUCGUCAUGAUCCAGAUAUUACGGUCCGAGAAGUACAACAGAGCAUCAAUGCAUCGAGAAGGAACUUGGGCUACAUCUCCUGCUCAACCGGCAACCCAAUCGACGAUUGUUGGCGGUGCGACCCCAAUUGGGAGACCCGCCGCCGCCGAUUAGCCGACUGCGCCAUCGGCUUCGGCAAGAAGGCAGUUGGCGGCAGGGACGGCCGCACGUACGUCGUGACCGACUCGGGCAACGACGACCCGGUCAACCCGAAACCGGGCACCCUCCGCCACGCGGCCAUCCAAUUCGAGCCGCUAUGGAUAAUCUUCCGAGCCGACAUGGUCAUAAAGCUCAAGCAGGAGCUCGUCGUGAACUCCCACAAGACCAUCGACGGCCGCGGCGCAACCGUCCACAUCGCCGGCGGCGCGUGCGUCACCAUCCACCACGCGACGAACGUGAUCCUCCACGGGAUCCACAUCCACGACUGCGUGAAGGCGGGGAACGCCGUGAUUAGGGACUCGCCCCGCCAUGCGGGGUGGUGGGAGGAGUCGGACGGCGACGGCGUCGCCAUCUUCGGCGGGAGGGAUAUAUGGAUCGACCAUUGUUCGCUGUCGAACUGCGCCGACGGGCUUAUAGAUGCGAUUCACGGUUCCACCGGAAUCACAAUUUCGAAUAAUUACUUCACUAAUCACGAUAAGGUGAUGCUGUUAGGGCAUAAUGAUGGUUACGUGCAGGAUAAGAACAUGCAGGUUACUAUUGCUUUUAAUCAUUUUGGAGAAGGAUUAGUUCAGAGGAUGCCUAGGUGCAGGCAUGGUUAUUUUCAUGUUGUAAAUAAUGAUUAUACCCAUUGGGAAAUGUAUGCAAUUGGUGGGAGUGCUUCUCCUACUAUAUAUAGCCAAGGAAAUAGGUUUCUUGCACCUAAUCUACGAUUCAGAAAAGAGGUGACAAAACAUGAGGAUGCGCCGGAAAGUGAGUGGAGGCGUUGGAAUUGGAGGUCGGAAGGCGACCUAAUGUUGAACGGAGCUUAUUUCCAGCAGUCGGGGACGGGGUCCACAUAUGCAAGGGCUUCGAGUUUAAGCGCAAGGCCGUAUUCUCUUGUAGGAACAAUCACCACUUCUGCAGGUGCACUCAAUUGCAGGAAAGGAACCCGUUGCUAAUUCAAUUGUACGUACGUAACAAACUUAAUCUAGAGAUCGAUACGAUAUUAUAUAGGGUAAAUUACAA